CCGUCAGCCGUCAGCUGAUGGAACAUUUGACCGUCGACCGAAAAUUGUUCCUCCUGGGCCUAGCAGACUUCAGUGGAGGACAAGUGCUUCAAGGUCUUCCUCUCUUCGAAGUCUUUUUAGACCUACAUUUUCGAACCAUGGCCGCCCUGGUCAAGAACGCCAUCACAGCUGCUCGCCCAUCAGUGGAGAGGAAUUUAAAAAUUGCCCUGCAUUAUGCCAGGGCUGAAUUAACCCCACCUAAGCCUAGUGAACUGGGACAAGUCGCUUCUGGAUUCAACAACGUCCUCACCUCUUUCCGCACUGGCCGCUGGAAGCAGCUGACUGUCAGGGAUGCUUGGAUCAACGUGCUGGUUGGAAUUGAAGUUGGCUGCUGGUUCUUUGUUGGUGAAUGUAUUGGCAAGAGACACAUCGUUGGUUAUUACAUCCCUAAUGAACAUCAUUAAAUGAGAAAUUAAUGUGAUGUAGAUUUUACCAAUGUACAUUUUAUGUAAUUAAUAACUUCAUUAUGUUGUCCUUUAGUACUGUGCUUAAGAUCUGGCAUUCUAAAACUUGAGGUGAACAAUUUCUGCUACGUACUGGAAUUUUUAUUGUAAUAGUCUGGAAAAGAAAUAACAAUUAUGAUCACCUGUCUAA